CCAACUUGAAGUUUGCGGCGAAUUUCCGAGAUUUUACUUUGGAAAUUAAAGCCAAUUAUUCAUAUCAUGUCGACAUGCAUCGCAGUGCAGUUGAAUAAGCUUUCUGUUUUUCCGAAAAAAACAACACAAUGGGUCCGAGGAUCAUGACCAUGGUAACAUUUCCCGGAAUUAUAUAUUCUUGAUUCCGAGAAAACCGGAAGUUCGUAUGAGUGGCUAAUAGUCCAUUGUGUUGGCCUUCGGAUCUUCGGAUAACACAUGAACUCCUAACUGAGGUUUUGUCGUUGAAUUCGAGCCUUUAAAACGCUACAAAGAUGAUGUCACUGUGGAACUGGUUGGUCGGAGACGACACCUUAACGAGGAAACUUCGUAAUUAUUCUGUCAAGCACGUGAAAAUUUCCGAAGCUGACAUGACUCGAACUAAAAAGCUGGUGAAAGAUUACAUUGAAGACGAGAUCAUGUGGUAUUGUCGCCGAAAUUCUACCCUCCCAAUCCAGAAACUGGAGUAUACUGGAAGCGUGUAUGAGAGGCUGAAAACAGAAGCUGCCGAUGAAGUAGAUGUCAUGGUGGUUCUCAAGACGACGAAGCCCUGGUUUUGGGGUGAUCCUGAAGUGAUGGUAGAAGAAACAGACAUACCCGGCUAUGUGCGACUCAAGACAACCAUGGCUGACUCGAAACUUCGCAAGUAUGUGAGUUCCGAAGGGUAUAUCAUUCCUGAGCGUCUUCGAAAUGGUUGGUUCUACAGUCUCGUUGAUCAAGCAGUAAGAGAUUUUAGAGGUAGAUCGCCAGAUUCUGACGUCAACUUGGUUUUGCGCUGCCAUGGGCCAGCUGUUCAGCUAGAUAUCUUCCAAAAAGGAACUGGCGAGAUACUUCUCUCAGCUGAUCUGGUCCCAUGCUUUGAAAUCAGUUCUGAUGACUACUUUGUUGCAAAACGUUAUACAGGGUCCUACCUCCUUUGGAGACAGUCGUUUUCACUGAAGGAAAAAGAACUGUUACGCCGUAUGGAUAAAGAUGACCACGGCUGCAGACAUGAGCUCCUCAGAAUCGUGAAAACCAUCGUGAAGAGAGAACGGACAUCCCUUGGAAGACUGAACUCAUACCACUUAAAGACGGCCUUCAUGCACUACAUUAAAGAGAAGACUGAUGACUGGGCAGGCUGGAACUCGCUGGGAGAACACUUCGUUGGCUUUCUCGCGGAGCUUCAAGCUUCUCUGGAGAGAGGAAACCUUCCGCACUACUGGCUACCAGAUGUGAAUCUUCUAGACGACAUCCACCCCGGAGUUGUUGAGCAAAUGGCAUAUCGUUUGAAAAGGAUUCUUAACAGUGAGGCAGUGAGAAAUGAUAUUCUUGAAUAGCUGCGGAGGACAACUUCCGUUGUGUGUAAUACUAAGAAAAUUGGAAUUAUAGGUUAGAAUUGCAAAAAAAAAAAAAAAAACCGGAAAGGACAGAAUAUAUUGAGUGUAAGAAUCUAUGACUAACUGAUAAAGUUGUAUACGAAAAAUCUUGCUAAAAAUAAAGUGAAAGACUCA